AUGAUCCGAUGUGCCUUGCUCACACUGGCAGCCGUGCUGCUCAGAGUCGCCAAACCCGAGUACUUCAGACUUGGUGGGAAACUCGGUCUCUCCAGCAGUCAGCUUGUAACCCUCCAUUACUACCUUAAGUGGGCGUUGCCGAUAUGGGCCCUUGUAGACUUCAACUCGGUGCUCAAUCGCUUUGCCGAAAGGCGAUGGCUCUGGAGGACCGACAAGUCUAUUUGGGAUUGGAAGAAUGAAGUCGCUGUAGUCACGGGUGGUUCGGCGGGCAUCGGAGGCUGUGUGGUGAAGAAGCUCACCUCUCAUGGUAUCAAGGUCGCGGUGCUCGACGUUAGCCCCCUGUCAGAAAUCUUUACUAAAGAUGAGCUUGCCCUCGUACGAUACUACAAAUGUGACAUUACAUCGCGAGACAACAUCCAUCAGGCGGCGGAAGCCAUUCGUUCCGACUUGGGCUCACCAUCCAUACUGAUCAACAAUGCCGGCAUCGGUAACGCGUGGACUGUCAAAGACAUCCCCCAAGCCAACCUCAACAGAAUGUUCGAGAUCAAUCUCCUGAGUCACUGGAGCACCGUCCAAGAAUUUCUCCCAGACAUGCUCGCUAAGAAGAAAGGCCACAUCAUGGGCGUCGCAAGUCUUGCUUCCUUCGUCGCUCUCGCAGGUGCCGUGGAUUACAGUGCCACCAAGGCGGCGCUUCUAGCUUUCCAUGAAGGCCUAACACAAGAAAUUAAGCAUCGCUACAAGUGUCCAACGAUCCAGACCUCCAUGGUCCAUCCGAACUGGACCAAGUCAGCAAUCACCUCACACGAGGCACUUGCGGCGGGGCUGAAAAGCGUGCGCGCGAACAUCCUAGAGCCAGAAGACGUAGCCGAGGCCAUGGUCAACCAGAUAGUCUCAGUCAAGAGUGGGCAACUGAUUCUUGGCCCAGCAAUUACUCCCAUUAUCCGAGCACUGCCUCUUUGGAUCGGGGAGCUGAUUCGAGAUAGCCAAGCCAAGGUCGUCACCGGUGAUGGCUCCACCGGCGCAUGA